AUGAACUCCAUCACCGGUCGGGAUCACCCUGUCCCCGCCGUCUCUGUCAACUCUGGAGCCUCAUCUUCUCGAUCCUUGCACGUUGAGCUCACAUCUCAGCAGGUAAGGACAAGCAACCGUAGCUUGGUGUUAUUGAUUAUAUGCGUUUUGUCCUGUAUUGUUACGUUGCUGUGUGUCAGCUGCAAGAUGAAUACAACAGGCCUGCAGAGCGAGCUAAGCUAACUAGCUAGCUAACGUUAGCUCAGCUGACUUUUACAGCUCUCUUGGGUAGCCAGACAGCUAUAGCUUCUAAGCCUUACUCCGCUACAUACAAAGUCUUAUUUAAUAAUAGUAUACAUGUGCAAACGUAAGAUACAAUUGUUAGCUAUCUAGUUUGCAAGCUACAUACAGAGACGAUGAUAACUAGCCAGUUUAGUAAGACCUGGCCUGACACCCAGGCACCACUACAGUCAUUUGGUCACCUGAUUUAUGAACCAGCUACAGUACAUACCCUUCAUUCUGAUGCUCAAGGUCUUUGCACAAGUUAUUAUUAAUAAGUCCUCAUAGCAACAAGCUUGACCCUAAUAGGACUGAACCACAUCAGACAUAGCUAUACGUCUUCAGCUCUCUAAAUGCACCUUUACCUGCAAGCCUUGCACUUGAUAUGACCACAGUGGUGUUCUUUUGCCUACUGUCAGUAAUCUAUAAUCUUUGAAGGUGCCUUCACUGUCUGCUGAGAUAUACACUCAUUGGCCAGUUUAUAGAAAUGGUUAGCGCCUACAGACAGUGAGUCAUGUGGCAUAAAGCAGGCAGACAGGCAUUCAGUUACUGUUUGAUUGAACGUUAGGAUGGGCAAAAUGAGUGACAUAAGCGACUUUGAAUGUGGUAUGAUCAUCGGUGCCAGGCGCGCCGGUUCCAGUAUCUCUGAAACGGCCGGUCUCCUGGGCUUUUCACGCACGACAGUGUCUAGGGUUGACCAAGAAUGGUAAGACAAACAAAAAAACAUCCAGUCAGCGGCAGUUCUGUGGGCGAAAACGGCUCGUUGAUGAGAGGUCGAAGGAGAAUGGCAAGAAACGUGCAAGCUAACAGGCGGGCUACAAACAGGCAAAUAAUGGCGCAGUACAACCAGAAGCGGCUCAAGUGGGCACUCGAUCACCAACACUGGACAAUUGAGGAGUGUAAAAACAUUGCAGAUGCAAAGUUUGGUAACAUAAUUACUGUGCACAGCACAAACCGUCAUUAUGUUACCAAUCUUUGCAUCUGCACUGUUACACCUGGACGGAGUCAACCAUUUACCUUCACAGUACAAUGACUAGGGCCGGGACAAUACCACUAUCGCGAUACUCGUUAGUAUCGUGGCAAGGAAACAAAACACGAAGCGGAUUUAACUUCUUUAGGAAAACAGCCCUAAUGGUGGAAACAAACAUCAGUAUGUUGUCAUCCAGAGUCACAUGUAUUUAUUUCCCAAGCUAAAGCACACAAUAGUUUAUAUACAGCAGGUUUUUAAAGCACCAAAGAGUUUGGUCUGCUUGGUGUUUUCAUUUUUGAUACUGGCAUUGUCCUGGCGCUAAAGAUCACCAGUAGGCCUAGGUUUAUACAGUAGCUAGAUUAUAUGCUCUGCUGGAGACCCUCUUUGCUCUCAUAGCUACAAAUUAGCCCGUUCAGAGAAACGUCUUCUGACAUUUUUGAGAGGGGGAAAAAAAGCCUUUGCUGAACAAGCUGUGUUUUUGUUUCGAGGGCUGUAAUCUUAUAGGGAAUCCCAUGACUUAGAUUUAUCCCUAAUGCCUGUGGUGGUGGAAGCUCAGUGUGAGUUGCUGGUGAUUGAAGAAUGCAGAUCAGGUGAAGGCCGGCCAUUGACGUAAAGUCCUGCUGCUUCUCUGAUGCUGCUGCCCUGAGGGGGGACCUUGUUCAAUGGCCCCUCUUUUCACGGGUGUCGUGUCAUGUCCCAUGGUCAUUCUCUUGACUUAACCACUCUCAAUGAUUCAUUUUUUUAUUUGGAGCCAUUCUUUUUUAUAGAUGCAGUCCUACGUGAAAAAAUGUAUUAUUUAGUUAGGCUAUUCAGUUAGCCUAUCUUUUUUUUGAUUGGACAUAACUGAGCCAUUCUCUUCAAGCCGGUUCCUUUUAUUUUAGGCUCAGCAGGUUUUUGAAGGGUGGAUUUUUGACUGAUAUCCAACCAUGGUGAUGCCAUGUUCUGUCAGUGCAUUGAAACAUUUUUAAUGAGCCGAGGCAUUAUGGGUUUUCUACUCUGAGACCAUACUGUACAAAUAGCUUUUGUGCUUGAGCUUUAGUUGACGAAACUGUGACACUCUUGUGUGUGCAAGGCUUCUGUAAGGGAAACACACAGUGAAGUCAAAACAUGAACUCUGCUUUGAAAUGGAACUCUUGUCUGCAUCUAUGGUCAGUUAUUCCCAGACGUGAAUCAUUCCAUAAAAUGUUUAUUUUUUUUGGCAAAUGUUGAUAGCCUACCUGUGACGGUUUAACCAGAUACUUCAAGUUAUCUCCAACUGACCCACCGUAUUCUAAAAUUACAGUUUAUUUUUAACGUGAGGAUGUACAGCAGGGUUCCACAAUAAGGUGGGCCAAAUUCAUCCCUCAGGUGAUUUUAUUUGCACCCCCCCCAAAUUUUUUUUUUUAUAUACAUACUACCGUUCAAAAGUUUGUGGUCACUUAGAAAUGUUCUUGUUUUCGAAAUAAAAUCAUUUUUUUUGUCCAGUAAAAUAACAUCAAAUUGAUCAGAAAUACAGUGUAGACAUUGUUAAUGUUGUAAAUGGGUAUUGUAGCUGGAAAUGGGUGAUUAUUUUAUGGAAUAUCUACAUAGGCGUACAGAGGCCCAUUAUCAGCAACCAUCAGUCCUGUGUUCCAAUGGCACAUUGUGUUUGCUAAUCCAAGUUUAUCAUUUUAAAAGGCUAAUUGAUCAUUAGAAAACCCUUUUGCAAUUAUGUUAGCACAGCUGAAAACUGUUGUGCAGAUUUAAAGAAGCAAUAAAACUGGCCUUCUUGAGACUAGUUGAGUAUCUGGAGCAUCAGCAAUUGUGGGUUCGAUUACAGGCUCAAAAUGGCCAGAAACAAAUAACUUUCUUCUGAAACUCGUCAGUCUAUUCUUGUUCGGAGAAAUGAAGGCUAUUCCAUGCGACAUUUUUCAGCUGUGAUAACAUAAUUGCAAAAGUGUUUUCUAAUGAUCAAUUAGCCUUUUAAAAUGAUAAACUUGGAUUAGCAAACGCAACGUGCCAUUUGAACACAGGACUGAUGGUUGCUGAUAAUGGGCCUCUGUACGCCUAUGUAGAUAUUCCAUUAAAAACCAGCCGUUUCCAGCUACAAUAGCCAUUUACAACAUUAACAAUGUCUACACUGUAUUUCUGAUCAAUUUGAUGUUAUUUUAAUGGACAAAACAUUUGCUUUUCUUUAGAAAACAAGGACAUUUCUAAGUGACCCCAAACUUUUGCACGGUAGUAUAUACACACACACACACACACACACACACACACACACUUUCUGGUGGGGGUGGGGGCAUAAAAGACUGUAAAAUCAUGAGGAAAUCAGCUCAAAUGUAUUCUAAUUUAGGAAAUCUGUUCCCAAGUAUUCCCAUGCAUAAAUAGAGAGGUACAGUAUAUGUGAUCGUAUCGCAAUGUAAUCAAGGUUUGAAAUUAUUCUGUUUUGGUCAAAUACUAUAUCUGUUUGGGAUUCUUGUGGACAAUUUGCAGUGUACAAAUGAUUUAUAACUAUGUUCCGCAUCCCCGACCAUCCGCUCCAGGAAUAAUAGGUCCACGGCUGAAUGUAAUUGGGGACCCCUGAUGAACAGUAAUGACUUUGCUAUAUGACAUUGUGUCUUCUGGUUGGCUGCUACAGUAUGUUUAUCCUGUGUGAAUUAGGCUAGUUCAUAGGGUAACAGUUUUGUAAGUUGAUAUGCAUCAAUUUGGAUUGUGUAACGAGAAGAGACUCUUGAAGGUGAUAAUAAAAUUGUAAAGGCAUUGAAACGGACUCAUUAGGCUUACAAACUGCCCCCUUGUUUUGGGCAGACCAUUAAAAUGUUCUCUCUCCUGCUCCCUUUCCCUGACUCUCCAGCUCUGCCUCUCUGCCUCUUCUAUUUCUCAUCUAUUUUUCCUGACUAUCUCACCGUCUGCCUCUCUCUCCCUAACAGAGGCGGUUACGUCAUCUCAGAAGCAUUGCAGCCCGCAACAUCGUCAACAAGAAUGGCUCUCCACUACUGGACACAUAUUUUACCCUUCAUCUCUGCUUACAGGACCGGAUAUCCAGAGGUACUGUACAGUACUGUCUCCGCUGUCUCUGUAAGACAGUGUACUAG